AUGUCAAGGGGAAACGAGAAAAUCGUCGAGCACCAAACCUCUCACCGGAUUAGCGAGGCUCCGGAAAAAAAUCAGGACUGUGGCCUCCUGGAUCCAGAAUUAGAGGCUACUGUUCAAGGUCUUCCUCCUCUUAGCUUACACAUAUACCGGAUUGAUUCACCUGAUGAUCCAGGCUUAAUGCUGUUUAGCAGCUUCAAGCAGUGGCAGAUCAACGUUCCCGAGCUAAAGCGGAUUAUAACGUCAAAGGGAACUCCAAAAUGUGCCAAUCCAGCACGCAUCGAUCCAUCACAUUUCAAGGUGAUCAAAGGCUAUGGUGGCAGCGAGUACCUCGGUAACGACAACAAGAUAUCCAUAUUUUUCAACAUUGGCGUGGUUCAAAACAGCUAUCUAACGGGUGAAGGGAAAAGGUUUGCCAAUACCGACAAAUUCGUUCACGGUAUAUCACUCGCUGCGCUAGCCUAUGAGUUCAAUCGCCAGUUUUCCUUCAUGAUGACGGUGACUGGAGACCAAGAUGAUCGCGUGAGGAUACCAUACGAAGAGGGUGAACUCGACUUCAACACUCGCCCUGGAGGUCCCAAUGCGGUGACCUUCAGAUCCUCUCGCCGCAAGCACCAGAUGGUCGUGGGUGCCCGGAGUGUGACAGUCCCCACGGACGGAAUGCCAGUACCUGGCGUCUCUCACCUAGUAAGGUGGUCUGCUGGAAAAUCGUCUCUCGGGUAUACAGACAAGGUCCCUGUCUAUGAUGGGAGGGACCUCGAAAAGGUUGUCCUGGAUGGAAACGACUUUGAUCCGAACGUGCUCCCGCUAUUUCCUGCAGACGUCGAGGAUAAUAUGAUUGUGAUGGUGGGGUACGCCAUCAAUCGUUGGACCAAGGCUGGGGUUGAGGGCUACGUUGACGUUCGUUUGAGUUUUAAUAUUGUUUAUGCAGUCGUUUUGGCAGGAAAUGAGGGAAUUGAAACCAUUAAUAGCUGA